AUGGCGGCCGCGGCGGCGUCCCUGUCCACGAAGACCAUGGAGUUCAAGACAAUUAGAGAGGCGCACGAGGACGAGGCCCGGAACCGAGAGCACAUGCUGCAGCAUUCUUUCGAGAUUCGCGCCGCGAUUCAGAUUCAGAGGGCCUGGCGCAAGUAUCAGAUACACCUCCUCGCGGAGCAGGGCCGCGAGGGCGGCGGGGACGUUUUCAUCCUCGUGCGAACGAACGACGAGCCGGUCUCGUUCCGGUACCACUGGCAGCUCACGCUGUACACGUACUUCGAAGAGCGAGGCGAUCGUCCGUCCGCGACGACGAAGGCGGUCAACUUCGUCGUCUCGGUCCUCGUCAUCUUCUUCAUCGUCAUCGCCACGGUGGUCUUCAUCGUGGAGACGAUCCCGACCGUCGCGCGCGACGACGACGCGAUGUACGCGCUCUCCAUCCUCGAGGGCGUCUGCAUAGCGAUGUUCACGCUGGAGAUAAGCGUGCGGAUGUCGUCCGUGCCGCUGGAGGAUGGGAAAUACGCGCGGGGGUUGAAGAAGUGGAUGAAGAAUCCGAUGAACGUCGUGGACAUCAUCGCGGUGAUUCCGUGGUACUUGGAGCUCAUCGUCGGCGGCGGCACCGGCGCGUUCUCGGUCGUGCGCGUCGUCCGCCUCAUCCGCGUGUUCCGCGUGUUCAAGAUCAACCGGUAUAACGCGAGCGCGGACUUGUUCUCGCGCGCGUUGCAGCGAUCCGUGCAGCCGUUGACGUUGCUGUUUUACUUCAUGCUCAUCGCGAACAUCCUCUUCUCGAGCGCGAUUUACUACGCGGAAAACUUGGGGAACGAGCACAACCCGUCUGACGAAACCAACGACUCCAUCGGCGGCCCGGCGGCGCCGUUCGACUCCAUCCCGCGCUCGAUGUACUGGUGCGCGGUGACGAUGACGACGGUCGGAUACGGCGACAUGUUUCCCAUCACGCUCUAUGGACGGUUCAUCGCGGUGUUGACGUUGUUCGCCGGGAUCAUCGUGAUCGCGAUGCCGAUCACGCUCAUCGGCUCCAACUUCGUGGACGAAUACCGCAAGUCGCAGAUGGCGCAGUGGCGCGAGAAGAAACGGCUCGAGGCGCUCGCGAAGGCGAAGGAAGAGAUGAAAGUGCUGCCGCUGUUGACCGAGAUGGGUUUAGGGUCUAGGUCUAGGUCUAGGUCUAGGUAUGACCUCGCGCGAAAGAGCACCGAGAUGGAGGGAAAGAAGAAGGAGGAAGGCGCGGGCGGCGGCGCGGGGGUCGGGACGGAAGACGUCGAGGUCUUGCCGACCGCGGAGUUCGCGGCGUUGCAGCCGAGCCCGUGGGACGCGCCGCCGCGCCCGGGCGCGCGGUUGGAAGCUCGAACGCCGGCGACCGGGGACGACGCGGCUAGACUCGCGCGCCUGGUCAUCGAACGUCUGGACGCGAUGCAGGAUCAGAUCGCGAGCUUGGAGGAGACGAUCGUGAGGAUGACGAUCGGGUAAGGUAGAGAAGUAAAGAAAGGAAGGCUUUUAAGCUGAGUACAGUCAACAGUUAAACA